GCCUACUCAACCUCGUAGCAUCUUCUUCACUACAGUACAGCUUUUCAAUGGAAAAUUUGACUGUAGUUCUCCGAACAAGAGCUGUUAGGCGUUAUGCGAUUGCCUCAGGCAGGGUCAGUGCCUCCAAUCGGCACUUUGUUGAAAGAAUGCCCAGGAUUCAACCAGGUCAGAAUUCAAGACCAUUUCUGGCUAGGGAUAUGUACGGGCACCGCAUUUAUCACCUUAAGUAUAAGAGGAGGAUGGUGGAGCGCCGACCAAAACAAACAAUUACUGGCCUGGGACACUUCUUUCAAGAGCAUGGUUUGCAACCUGGGGAUCGAAUUAUCUUGUACAAAGAGGAGGGCAAUGAGGUGAUCUUGAUGGGAAAACUCAUCUCUCCACUCUAUGUUAUCCACUUUGAGAAGGGAGUUGACAGAUCUGGGACAAGUCAAGCGGCCACCAGCGAGGGACGAAGGGGAACAGACGACAGAUGGAACGGCGGAAAGGAAGAUCCGGUGUUCAAUCGGGCGGUGGUGAUGAGACCGUCCGGUCUUGUGCAAAGGAAAGAAUCGAGGGAGGUGGGAGGUGUGGUUGAGCAGCGGGGGAGUCCUUUGCCCGCCCUCAAAAACUUACCGGCACGAUUCUGUUUCUUUUUUCUGAAUUUCGCCAUUUAAUUUCUAUUUUUUUACUCAGAUUUUGUGGUUGGUUCUAAACUUCUAAUGUUAUUUUGCAAACCUGAUAUUUAGCUUGACUGUAUAUUCUGAUGGUGCUUUAUUCUUCUCUAUGUUGUUCAUUUUGGUUAUCGUGUUUACUUGAACAAAGGAAUGGGUUGCUAUAUUUGGGUUCUAUUUUAGUACUAGAAGGUCAGUUUUCUCAGAAGUGAUUUUUAUUUCUUUAUUUUAUUUUCUUUUUGUUUUUUAAUAUCUUGGUGAAGACUGAGCCUUUCGUGUUGAAAUGUCUUCUUAUCAUCUUAGGGAUCAAUUGAGGAUCUGGAUAGGGUUCUUUUCGUUGUCUGUUGAUAAUUAGUGGGUGAGAUUAGAUUUCAAUUUUUCUUUUUCUUUUUCUUUCUUCUUCCUUCUUUCUUUUUUUUUUUUUGUCCUAGAGAACAUAUGGAUUGAUGCUACUGUCUUCCUAUGGUGACAGAGUUCCUUGAAAUGGAGUUUGAGGUGAAGAUUUCAUACUUUGAUGCCUCUAAAGCUAUAAUUUAAAGUUAAUAGUCUUGUGUCUUGAUGCUUACUCAAAUUUAAUCAACUUUGGUUGAUUAU